GCCCCGGUUGGUGGUGACGUGGUGCCGUCGCCGAGAUAGAUGCUCGACCGGUUUCUUGUUUUGUUCCUUUUGCCGUCUGCGUUGCAGCUGGCCCGGUUCAAAGUCCUCCAUAGAUUCCUCGCACACAUGACAUGAUGCCCCCACUCUCUCCGCGACCUCCGCUCGUCGUCUUCUGCGUCGCAACCUCUCGCUCGUCUUCUUGUCCUCGCGUAGACUUCACACUCCACACAACGUAUAGUAUUUCCUUCCCCAGCAGCACCACCACCGGGCAGCGAGACUGGCUGCAGCUAUAUGCUACGGCAGGAGCUCGAUUAUAUAGCUUGCUCGAUCUUGGCCGGAGAGGAAAACAGCCGACAGGAGUCUCGCCCCCGUGGUCGAUCGAGAUGUUCGAGGGGAUGGAGGGGAGCUACAGCUACGGCGGAGGCGACGCUACGGCAGCGGCGGCGGUGUCGCGGGACCCCAAGCAGCGGCUGCGGUGGACGCCGGAUCUCCACGAGCGCUUCGUCCACGCCGUCGCCAGGCUCGGCGGCCCCGACAAAGCGACGCCCAAGUCGGUGCUCCGGCUGAUGGCCAUGAAGGGCCUCACCCUGUACCAUCUCAAAAGCCACCUUCAGAAAUACAGACUGGGAAAGCAAACCAAAAAAUCCACGGACCUGGAACUGCCCAACGGUGGUGGAUUUAGCAGCCAAAACAUGAACUUUCCAAUCGGAGCGUCUCCUGUUGUUCCUGCUGGAGGCGGUGGCGCAAGGGAAAUGCCGCUUGAGGAUACACUCAGGUACCAAAUUCAGGUCCAAAGAGAACUGUGUGAACAACUUGAGGUGCAGAAGAAGCUGCAGAUGCGAAUAGAGGCUCAAGGGAGGUAUUUAAAGGAAAUACUAGACAAAGCUCAGAAAAGUAUUUCUUUUGAGGCAAAUGGAUCUGCUGGCCUAGAAAAUACCAGAUCACAGCUCAUGGACUUCAACAUAGCCCUCCCAGGCUUGAUGGAGAACGGAACACAUGUGUAUGAAGAAAACAGUGAACAUUUGAUGAAAGCCAUAUCUGAUGACAAUCUUAAUGAUAACAAUUUAGAUUUUCAGCUCUACCAUGUACAAAGUCAGCAGGCUAAGAAUGUCAAAUGCACGCCAAAAACUGAGGAUCUUCUCUUAUUAGACUUGAAUGUUAAAGGAGAAUAUGACCUGUAUUCGAGAGGAAUGCAAGGGUGUGAGUCAGAUCUGAAGAUUAACCAGCAGAGAAAAUAGAGAUUUAUUUCAGCAAGCUGACAGUUUUUGGGAUUUUCAGUUUUUACUGUUAGAAUAUUUUUUUCCCCGGUGGUGCAGAGGAUGCUUGGCACAUGUUACGUAGAGUGCAGAUUGGACAAUGAGACAAUGACAGUUUUUGGGAUUUUCAGUUUUUACUGUUAGAAUAUUUUUUUCCUCUAAUAAAUUUACUGAAGAAAAUCAUGAAUGCUUGAAGCUUA